AUGAUAAUUGAACAGAAGAAAUCGGUUCACUCAGAAGAUCCAUUUAAUGAUGAACAACAUGAGCGGCAUGAAGUAGAAAUGCUAGCCAAGAAGUUCGAGGCAAAAUAUGGUGGAAAGCCCCACAAACAUCGGAAGGAUCGCCUGCAGGAUCUAAUUGAUAUAGGUUAUGGUUAUGAUGAAACAGACCCUUUCAUUGAUAAUUCUGAAGCGUAUGAUGAAUUGGUUCCUGCAUCUCUGACAACCAAAUAUGGAGGGUUUUAUAUCAACACUGGUACACUGCAGUUCCGCCAGGCAUCUGACACAGAGGAUGAAGACUUUGCAGAAGACAAAAAGCAUAGGCCACCUAAAAUAGCAAAGUUAAAAGAAAGUGAAGAUCGUGGAAUGAAGAAGCGCAAGAGGAAAGAUGAAGGCACAGAAAAGGAGAAGAAGCCUCGGAAAAUGAAAGUUCCUAAGCAGUUGGGAGUAAUGGCCUUAAAUUCACACAAGUCUGAAAAAAAGAAAAAGAAAUUGUAUAAAGACUCACUCUCUCUGGCUGCCAUGAUCCGUAAAUUUCAAAAGGAGAAGGAAGCCAUGAGGAAGAAGGAAUCUAGUCCAAAACCUCCAGUGACUGUUGCAACCUCUACCCCUAGUAAAAUUCCUUCUUCCUCUCUCAGUGCAGGAAAUGAUAUCUCUGACUUGAAUCUUAGGAUCAAUGAUCCUGUCCUCUCCAUUUUUGGUAGCACAAAUGAAGGUGAGCUCCUGCAAGAAGCUGAAAGUGCCCUGGAGAUGCUGGGAGACAUUGACUUUGACAAGUUGCUUGAUGGCACUUCUGAUGGCAGCCCGGUAUCUGAGCUGUCAGGAGAAAAUGGCAAUGUCAUUCAGGCAACCUACACCUCUCAGGUCAUGACACCCAAGCAGGUGCCUGCCCUCCCAGAAGGUCUGCCUAUGCUACUUGAAAAGCGCAUUGGAGACCUUCGAACAGCUGCCAAGAUGUUUGAUGAAGAAGGCAGGAAGAAGUUUUUCACACAAGACAUGAAUAAUAUUCUGCUGGAUAUUGAGCUACAGUUACAGGAGAUAAAUCCUGCCAUCCGCAAUGGAGUGUACUCUCACCUUGAGGCUUUUGUGCCAUGCAAUAAGGACACACUGAUAAAGCGUCUGAAGAAGUUACACCUCAAUGUUCAGGAUGAUCGCUUGAGAGAACCACUGCAAAAGCUGAAACUGGCUGUCAGUAAUGUCAUGCCUGAACAGUUAUGCAAGUAUCAAGAGGACUGUCAGGCCCGCAAUCAAGCCAAGAAUGCUAAGUCACAAGCAGAAGAUGAACGAGAAAAAAAUGGAUCAGAGGAAGAUGAUGAUGAGAAGCCUGGAAAGAGGGUUGUGGGACCCAGAAAGAAGUUUCAUUGGGAUGACACAGUGAGGUCUCUGUUGUGUAAUCUUGUUAAGAUCAAGCUGGGAUGCUAUGAGCUAGAGCCAAAUAGAAGUCAGUCUGCUGAAGAUUACCUCAAAACCUUUAUGGAAACCGAAGUGAAACCACUUUGGCCUAAAGGCUGGAUGCAGGCAAGGAUGCUCUUUAAAGAAAGCCGGAGUGUUCACAAUCACCUCACUUCUGCUCCGGCAAAGAAGAAGGUAAUUCUGGCCCCUAAACCCAAAGUGAAGGACUCCAGUCCAAAGAAAGAACAGAAAACCUGUAUGUCUUCAGUCAAUUCAAAUUGUGCUACUGUACUGAGUUCCAGCACACCUGUCUGCACCCCAGCCAGCUCUAGCUGCACACCAGCUCCAGAGACGAUCUGCUUGGAUGACUCACUGGAUGAAGAUCUCUCUUUCCACCCACCCUCACUGGACUCUAUUUCUGAUGCUCUGGCUGUUAUCAAUAAUGGUGCCAAGGGAUCACCUCUUGGGUCCACCAUAGACACACCAACAUCCAGACCUCGCCCAGGGCUGAGGGAAGAGAAACUAGCAAGCAUUAUGAGUAAGUUGCCCCUGGCAACUUCAAAGAAAGUAGAGCCUGCUCAAACACCCCAUUCAUCAAGUCUUAUUGCUGGUCACACAGGGCCAGUACCAAAGAAACCCCAGGACCUAGUUCACACUGGUAUCUCUUCAGGCCUUAUUGCUGGAUCUUCAAUUCAAAAUCCUAAGGUUUCCUUAGAGCCGUUGCCAGCCAAACUACUUCAGCAAGGACUACAGAGGUCAAGCCAGAUACAAGCUGCUUCCUCUUCUUCGCAGACUCAUGUUUCUUCCUCUAAGACCCAAGCAGCUAUUUCCACCUCCUCUCAAAGAACCAAGGAUGCUAAUAUCUUGGUAUCAUCUUCUGAGGCUCAGGGUGGUUCUUCCUCAACAUCACAAGUGACAAAGGUGCACCAGCAUUCAGCUGUACAGCAGAAAUACGUUUCUCCCUUACAAGCAACUAUUAGUAAAUCACAGACCAAUCCAGUGGUGAAAUUGAGUAGUAAUCCCAAACUGUCUUGCUCAUCACCAGUCAUCAAGGCUCAAGAUAAGUCUGUAGUAUAUCGCCUGCCUUUGUCUAAUCCUUCAUCUGGAAGCAGCUCUCAAGUGUCUCACCCACUGGUUUCUCGGACAACAUCCAGCACCUCUACCUCUAGUAACUAUUUAGCCAAGGCUAUGGUGUCACAAGUUUCUUCCCAGGGUUUCAAGCCUCCCUUCUCCAUGGCUGCCUCUCCCAAACCUGCUGCCUCUCCCAAGCCCACUGCAUCUAAGCCCUCUGUGACACCCAAGCCUAAUGCAUCACCUAAAUUUUCAUCUAAGUCCACCUCAUCCCCCAGGCCUGCAACAACACCCAGUUCUUCCAGUUCAAGUGCACUAGUUUCCCAGAGUAGUCACUCCAGCAACAACCCCCUUCACAAACAGACCAGUGGUGUAAAUAUCAGUAGGCAGUCUCCCACAAUGAAUUUGCUGCCCUCUAAUCGCACCUCAGGCCUUCAGCCUGCAAAGAACCCUCAGGCCUCUUCAAAAUUGCCCAACUCUUCUCCUUCUGGAACUGUUGGUAAAAAUAAUUUGGGUGGAGUUGGAAUGAAUGUACCUGCCAGCAGAGGCAGUAACCUUAACUCAAGUGGAGCUAGUAGGACUAGUCUGUCUGGGGGAGCAGGAAGUGGAACACAGGGUGCUACUAAACAAUUGUCAACUCCACACAGACCAUCUUCUGCCUCAGGGUCUCCAGUUGUAGCAGCCAGUGUGCAGUCAACAGCAGGAGCAUCAUUACUGGCUAACGCCUCACCUCUGACUCUCAUGGCAUCACCCCUGUCUGUAACCAGUCAGAACGUGACGUCUGCACCAUUAACUCCUUUUGGGAUGCUGGGUGGCCUUGUUCCUGUGACCGUGCCCUUCCAGUUUCCCUUGGAGCUGCUUGGCUUCGGGACGGACACAGCUGGAGUGACAACCACCUCGGGAUCUACCUCAGCGGCUUUCCACCACAGCCUAACUCAGAACUUACUGAAGGGUUUACAGCCAGGUGCUCAGCAUGCAGCAACGCUGUCUCACUCACCUCUGCCUGCUCACUUGCAGCAAGCUUACACAGAUGGAGGCCAAAGUAAAGGGGACACUAAGUUACAGCGGAAAAACCAGUGACUUCUGGACAAGCAAGGGAGCUGAAGCAGUUCUGGUUGGCUGACAGAAUCUGCCCAGUUGGGAAAGUGCUUAUUGUCACAGGGCUGCUGUUUCUGUCGAUGUUUACAUAUUCUGAUCCCAAGCACUGUGGUGAGAGGAAGAAGAAAAAUAAAACAAUACUUGAUCAAAGAGAGAAGGAAAAGGAGGACUGGUCCUCCUGGUCAUGCAGACUGGUCAUAGUUUGAUCUUGCCUAAAGAAACAAGCUUUUUUUAUCUGUUCUGAUUGGCUUUUAAAAGAAAUUGAUCGUCAAACCCACAGCAGCACAAACAUUUUUUUUCUUUUUUCUGGGUGAAGUCCAAUGAAGAGUUUAAAGCAUGAGAGGAGCUAGAAUAGGUUUCUCCAUCCAUUGUGUAAGGUGGAAUAAUCUACUUCAUUAGUGCUCAAAGUGCCCAGUAUAAGAUAAUGUGUAGGUCCUGAGUGUACUGUAUGGUUGUGGACCAAAAGUUAUGUAGAGUAGGGAUGGUGCUGGGACACUUUGCGUUAUAAUUAAACCCUUACACAAAUACAAUUUCUGAUAUGGGCAUUUCUCCAGCUUUACAAGGCUGUUUGGCUUUAGGGAGCCUACAGAUGUCUGCAGUCUCAUUAGAGUUGUCUUGAAAAACAGAGCUCCUGGUACAUUGAGAUGUGAGACACAGACUACUGGGAAAUACCUUCCUCCUUUUUUUUUUUUUAAUAUAAAGAUUCUUAUUUAAGGGAGGAAGGAGAUGGAAAUUCCUUAAUUUACAUGAAAAAGAAACCCACACUUUAUUGGUCAGACUAGCAUUUCUUUCCCACAUUUUUUUUUAAAGGCACACUAAUUUUUUCAGUCCUCUGAUUUGUUAAACUUUCUUUUCCUUUGCUUUGUGCUUAUCUGCUACUGAAGCUAAGUAACGUUCUAUUCAUGUUUUCUAUAAAAUACAACCAGUUCUUUACUCAUUCUAGAUCUUCCUCAUCUUUCAUCUAACUCCUCCCAAAAGUCAUAUGUUAUACUGAUUUGCUAGUUAAAGAAAGCUGUUUGUGACCUGUUCCAGAGCCAGGUUAAUACUACUUCAGGCAUUAGCCAAAGAGGAGUCGUUCAAAAGCGACCAGAGGUGCCUUCUCUUCUGGGGGCUGAAUGGGUUGUCUCCAGCAUUUCCAGCCCCUGCUAGCCUGUGGAGUUCCUGACCUGAACUCUUCCUUACAUGGUAGCACAAGACUGCGAAGCUGGCUUUUAAUUUUUUUUUUUUUAGAUAGCAAUACAUCGACUGAUUCAUUUGUAAGGUUAGGAAGUAUCCAGCACGUGCUGCACUUUUGACACUAGGAUGGAACUUUGCUGUUGAGUCCCUUGUACUGUCAGAUAAAAAGUGAGAAUGGCAGAAAGUGAAAUAAGUAAUAGGAGAAAGGAGCAAAUAAAAUAGUGUGGUGCCCUUCUUCGGCCCCUAAACAUUCCUUUGAUCAGAGAUGCUGAAAUUCCUAGUAUCUAGUCUUUCCAGUAGUUUGAUUUGGGAUUGAACCAGUGACUACUGGUUAUCUCACACCUUCCAGAGAGACUUUGACCCGUGGAUAAUGAAUCUUCAAUGUUUUUUGCUAGAUUAACUUAAAGCUUUCAGGUUUCUUUUACAUGUGAUUUAUUUUUCUUAGACCAGACAACAAUUUCUUUUCUAUUUAGAGCUCAUUUUAAUUUUAUAUAAAUAUAUAUACGUGAAUUAAAAUAAUAUAUAUUGUGUAUUUAGUAUAAAAAUGUUGGGUUGAGCUCAGCAAUAAAUGUUUUUGCACAACACUUCUGUGAAAGACAGAUUGAAUUAAAAUAAGAUGCAUUAGUUCAUUAACUUCCCUUCACAGCAUCUGCCAAUUAAAUGCUUUUUAGCUAGUGCUAAUGUUUUGUAUGUGGUGUGUUGAUUAGAUAAGCUUGCAUCUCCAUCAGCAAGGUUAUUUAGGGUUGAAACAUACAGCUAUAUAGACUCUGUCAUUCUUAAUACUGUGCAAAUGCUGUCAAAAUACCAUAAACUAUUUAGAAUGCAAGCUUAAUCUGAUUUUUUUUUUCUCUUUCUCAAGGAAGGGUUGAAGGAAGACAACUUCUGUUUUUUGAGGCCUAACAGUUCUGGCAGGAUGUUAAUUCUCUGAACUGUGUCAUACUUUUUAACAAUGCAUGUAGCUAAGGGAGUUGCAGCAGGGAGCCAUCAGGCAGCAAUAUUAAAGACCCUAUCCUAAGAGAGUUCUACCUCUUCUGUGUUAUCCUCAUCAAGGCAUCUCAUUCAAAUUGCCAUCUUUUGUCUUCAUACUUAAAGAAAUUUUAGAUUGGGAGACUUGGAGCCCUUUAUCUACAGCACAAAUUUCCUUUCAGCAUUCCUCUCUUCCUGGAAGUAUGCCUCAUCUUCAUUCAAGGAGUAUCUUCUCUAAAUCUUAAGGAGGGUAGGAGUAGUCCUGUCUGUGUGGCCUAUUGAGCUUCUCAGUCUUGAGAAACAAGUAAACUAAUACUUAUUGUGGAGAUAGGUAGUAGGAUGAUGAGAAUAAAGAUGACCAUACAUUGUUCAUGAAGCCAGUUCAGACAGCCCCCCAGAGGGUAACUGUUUUCAGUCAUUACAUUCCUGAGCUGCUUUGGAAUCAGCAGCAUAGCAAUUAUUCCCUUUUGACUAUUCUCUGGUUAAACCUAGCAAGGCCAAAUCAAAGGAAAUAAUAGUGUGGAAAUAAUUGUGUAGCUCCUGGAGACCUUUGCAGGUAGCAUAAACUGAAUGGGAAAGUGAAAGAUUUCUGCAACGUCCAAAUGCAAAUUAGGUUAAUGUUUUACUAUUUUCUGCACAGCAGCUCUUCUAAAGAUGUUCUCCCCUAAGUUUUUACUACUUUUUAAGGGCCUUUGUUAAUAAAUAAACUGUAGUUGUACAUACUAAAUAACCCUCAGUAUUCACAAGCAAUAAGAAAGCCAAGUAAAGCUGUCUUUUCCAGGCAGUAGGGCUGACCUUGGUUUGGGGACUGUAUAUGAGCUAACAUGUAAAGCUCACUGAGAGCCCCAAACAAAUGCAAGCAAUAAUUUCAAACAUAGGUUUUAGAUGUUAAAACCAUCUGGGUAAUAUGUUCUGCUACAUGAUCCAAAGUCCCAAAGUUAUGGUAGCUAUUCUAAAUCCUUGCAAGACACUUGCAAAGAGAGAAAGCAGGCUAGAUUAAAAACAGGCUGCGAAGUUUCCUGGUACCUUGGACUAUAACUGCAGUGUUCUCCCACUCCAAGAUGCAAAUGGCCAAAUCACUUUGUCCAGCCUUCUCUGUUGAUUUGGGAUACAUGAUUAAUACAGAUAACUAAGUCACAAGUGUGGAUGCUGUGGGUUUCACAUCUGUUUUCUGCUAAUCAGAAGUAACUUUUAAUUACUUGGGUUCUGCUUCUUGUUUGAAUCCGAUCAAAGUUGUCUGAUGCACAGAUUUGGGGGUGGGACAGGUGCCAAGAGCCUGUUUCCUUCCUGCAGUCCCAUCACCUGACCCUUCCUCCACACUCCUUCUCCACUUGGUGCAAGACCCUUGAGGACAUGAAAACAGAGAAAUCCUGCAACUCUCCCAAGCUGCCAUCAGUUGUGUGAACCAUUAACCCUCUGGGAGUCAUCUUGGACUCCAGUUAACUUUAUCACAUUUGCUGCUACAUUCAUAAAAUGAACUUUUGGCUGUAUUUAUUAGCAAAUUUUAAUCUAGUUUACAAAUUUUUGUUUUCUUUUGAGUAGUUUUUGCCCACAGAUGGUUUAGAAGUGUUGGGGUGUUUGGGUUGUGGGGGGUUUUUUUUUGGUUGUUGGGGUUUUUUUGAGUGAAUUGGUGAAGGCACAGUGGUCCCUCUUCUGCUUUUGUUUCGGAUUUUGAAUAUGGCAUUGCAGGGGAAACCUGAAGCCAAGCCAAGCUGUGGAAGGCUUCCUCCCACACCUGACUUUCAUCUUUUGCUGAAUCAGGGGGGAAAUCAUUAAAGGGACACUUGCUUUUUGUUUGGAUUUGGUGGGUUUUUUCCAUAAAAUGAACCAGAAGGUGAAAGCAGAGGUAAAUGAUUAAUUAACACUUUAUGCAACUUUAAUUUUAUAGAAAUUAAAAAAAAGGUUGGUAGAUUUUGAUUGGUCCUAGCUCUGGUGAAAUGGCUGUUACCCUCCAUGACUUACUUGAUUCAGGCCUUUGUCCUUUGUUUAAGUGCCUUUUUUUUUUUUUUUAAAUUUUAUUUCCCUACCCUCUUAAACUGUUCUCAGAGAUCCUGAAGUGCUGGAAGGCAUUUUGGAAGAAAAUCUUAAGCUUGCCAAGAUGGCUUUAUGCUGUUAAACUAUUUUUUCCCCCUUUUGUAAAGGAAAAAGUGUGUAACGUGUGUAACUUCAUAGCUGCUGUACCAUGGCGUUGGUUCUGUGUGCUUGUGCAUUCUUUCUCUCUCACACUCACACACAUACAUAUACAGCAAUAUUCCUGAGAAACCUCUUCAUCCUUCUACAUUUGGCUGGCUCUGUUAAACACUUAAAAGGUGAACAUUUGUGCAAAGAUGGCAGUACAAUAAAAGAGUGUGUGUGUGUGAGCGUGCAUAAAUGUGUAUGAGAGAAAUGAAGUGGCUAGUGGGAAUGAAACUUCUUGCAUUUUUCUCUGAAGGUGUUAGAUCUGGAUAUUAAUUAGAUUGAGUAAAACAUUAUGGGCCUUGUCUGACAACCUUAUUAAAUACUGGACCACUUUACACAGUUACUGAGUCUCAGGCAAAGAUGUGUGGCUGACAACCCCAAGGAGGUGGGGGGAAAGAAGGUUAAAAUAGCAGCUUGCAACAAGUUUGAGUUGAGAUGAAUUGCAAGGAAAUUUGUGUGCAGCUAGUCACAUCUGCUUGACACCAGUUAUUGCAAGGAUUCUCAUUUACCAAAGCUGUCGUAUUCUACCAUGCAUCCAUCAUACGCAAGAAGGAAUUUGGUAAAACCUGCAAGAGUGCAGCUGCUAGUUGAAGUAAAACCUGGCUGCCUAAAUCAUUCACCAUUAAGUACUUUCCUAGUUGUACUUUUUCUCAAUUCAUUGAGAUUAAUGGUUUGUUCUCUUAAUAUAAAACAAACAGUAAGUUCAUGUGUUGUUAACUGCAAGUGAGCCACCAUAAUAUGUCUGCUUGAUUCCUUGUUAUCUAGCAAAAUUAGCAAUCUGCAAUAGAUCAUCUAAUGAUUUUUAACAAUCUGUGCCUAGGAUCUAACUUACUAUAAACAUGCAUACCUGAAAUUAGGAAUUCACUUGUUGGCCAAUUGUUAAACUUGAGGUAAUGUAUGUAUGUGUCACUAGACUCUGCUAGUUCUGUGAUGUGCUUCCCCUGGGAAAGAUCUAAUUUUGAGUUGCAAUAUGAAAAGGAAGCAUUUACGUUCUAGAAUGGGCAUAAAAUGGGAAGUCUUUCAUAGGUGGAGAAUCCAUCUAGAGAGAAGAAAAUAAGAUAUGAAAUACAACAUGUUCCCAUGGUAGAGAACAGCCCAACUAUUACAGUUCUUAGCUUGUCUUCACAUGUUUGAGUGAACCUGUUUAUGUAAACUAGGCCAUAGGCGGAUCUCUUCUACCAGUCUGAUGGUGCCAGUUAAAGAUAGGAUUAUUGCUGGUAGCUCAGCCAGAUGGAGUGAUAGUGAGGGUGCUUAUUAAUCUGCCUUAGGUGCAUCAGUGGAGUUUGCCACAGUCAGCAGAACUGAUUUGACUCUUCUGUUGCUGUUUAAUUCAUUUUGGGCACACAUGCUCUUUAUCCUAGGCUGAUCUGUGAGAUGGGGAAUCUGCAGAUGGUGAUAAUGGUUGACUGUUGCAGUCUUCUUUUUUUUUUUUUUUAACAAAUUCAGCUGUUGUGAAAAUCUGUCUCUGUCUACUCCUUAAGAAAUCACUGCCAAAAUAAGCAGCCAGAAGUAUGCUUACUGGGCCACUGGAAAGAUAACCAUUGUGUAGGGAAAUGCAUUGUUUGUGGAAACUUCUGGUGUGGUUUCAUCCUUUUUUUCUACGACCUGGUGAUCCCUUGCUGCUGUAAUAGCCUUUUGGGGCCAUAAAAAGCCCUGCUGCUGCUAUGAGUUAUGCUGAGAGAUCAGCAUGGCCUGGAACUGGCCCAAAACUGGGGAAGUACAAAGAUUCCCUACAGCUGUUUUUGCACACUCAUCGUAAAUAAAACUGUGCUAAUCUUGUCAGUAGUCAAGGAUAUAGGUCUGUAUUUUGUAGCCAUUUUUGACAGCUAUAAUUCUACAGAGCAAGUCUGGAAAAAAACCCAUGUUUUAUAUCUAGAAGUGAAUUUCAGUCUCUUCCCUUGCCAUCAUCUCCUGCUUAAAUAAUGACCAUUAACUAGAAGUUUUUCUUUAUAGUGAAGUAAUCCAAAGCAAGCAGUGUAUACUGUUUAACUCUUAUCAUGCUCAAUACUAAGAGGUUUUGGGUUGCGGUUUGUUUUGGUUUUUUUUUCUGCCCAGCAGAUGUAUUUUAUCAACAGAUACUGUUUGUUACUGUCUAGUACCAAGAGAAGAAGGAAGGGAGAUAAUCAACCAAAACCAAUCAGGAGAUACUACCAUCGUAGGCCAAACCAAGUAGCUGCUAAGGCAGCCAGAGUUUUUUUGAGACUUACCAGAUUUCAUGAGAGGAGCAGGGAAUGGGGGAAGAAACUUUCUUGUGUUCUCAGCUUUUUCCAGAUAAGGCCUUAGUUUAAUUAGUAGUCACUAAUAUCAACUAUGCAGAUAAGUAUUUGUGUUUCAGUGUUACAUGCGUUCCUUCCCCCAGCUACCCCUCUUAACACAUGUUGGAAGUUUUACCCAAAGAAAAUGGAAUAUUUUUUGAAUGUCUGUACUGCAGAAGUCUUUUUUGCUAAUGUGAAGAAAGAAAUUUGUAUUUUAAAAAA